UAGGAAUUCCAAAUUCCUGUAAAAAAAGAAAAUAGGUGAAUUUGGGUGGUGGGGGGGAAGGUCUUAAAGAGCCCACUCUGCUGUAGGACUGUAGAGGGAGAAGGGCAACGGGAAUGGAAGUUGAGGAGAUAGUAGAGAAACUGAAAGGAAAGUUGCAGAGAGGCUUGCAUGUGAUGCCAGAAAGCUGGCUUCUCUGCCAUGGGCUCUAGGCUGCUUGGAUUCCCAGGAGUCCUAGGGAGGCAUCCACCCCUACAUGUGGCUACAUUCUUCUGGGGUCAGGCCUUGGGUCAGUGCUUUAAUAGGGAAGGAUCCAGGAAUCAUGGCUUGGAGAUGCCUGGAUGGGCUUCCCCAGGGCCCUGCUGAGCCAUGGAGAGAACUCUGGAGAUUGGGCUCAGGGCCCCUGCACUCUGUACCUCCUUUCUCACCUCCAACCAGGAGCAGCAGGCACUGUAGAAACUUGAGGAGGGGGAGCAUAGAUGACUGGAAACAGAAUCUAGAGUCUUCAGAUAACGUGGACAUGUUGCCACCUUCAGGUUUUGCUGGGCUGAUUCCCCCCUCCCACUUCCAAGCUCGUCCCCUUCCAACUGUGCCACGAAUGGCACCGACCUGGGUCUCAGACAUUCCCCUGAUUCGAUCCCCAGUCCAUCAAGAUGUCUCAGAGAGGCGGGUAGACACUCAGAAGCCUCCAGUGACCAUGGGGGAAUGGGAUGUUUCUGGCCAUGGGCAAGGGCCAGGGUGGAGAGCCAGGUCCCUGGAGAUGGAUGGGUCACGGGCCCUGAGCCAGCAGGCAGAGCUGAUCUCUCAGCAGCUGCAAGAGCUUCGGCAGCUGGAGGAGGAGGUCCGGUCCCUACGGGAGACCUCGCUGCAGCAGAAAAUGAGGCUGGAGGCCCAAGCUGUGGAGCUGGAGGCUCUGGCACGGGCAGAGAAGGCUGGCCGAGCUGAGGCUGAAGGUCUGCGUGCUGCCUUGGCUGGGGCUGAGGUUGUUCGGAAGAAACUGGAAGAGGGGAACCAGCGGGAGCUAGAGGAGGUUCAGAGGCUGCACCAAGAGCAGGCUCACCAGGAAGCUCUUUCCAGUUUGACCAACAAGGCUGAGGGCUUGGAGAAGUCUCUGAAUAGUCUGGAAAGCAGGAGGGCAGGGGAAGCCAAGGAAUUGGCUGUGGCCCAGAAGGAGGCUGAGUUGCUGCGGAAGCAGCUAAAUGAAACCCAAGAAGACUUGGAGACUCAGGUGACCCUGGUAGAGAAUCUGAGGAGAUAUGUGGGGGAACAAGUCCCUCCCAAGGUCCACAGCCAGGCGUGGGAGCCAGAGCGACAAGAGCUUCUGAACACUGUGCAGCAUUUGCAGGAGGACCGGGCCAGCCUGCAGGCCACUGCAGAGUUGCUGCAGGUACGGGUGCAGAGCCUCAUGCACAUGCUCACCCUACAGGAGGAGGAGCUGACCAGAAAGGUUCAACCUUUAGAUGCCUUGGAGCCAGAGUUUACUAAGAAGUACCAGUCCCUGUUGCAGCGCUGGCGGGAGAAGGUGUUU